UUACUCCUUCGACUAUUCAUUCCUACUCUCCUUAAUUACUACUACUAGGGUUUCAUUUCAUCCUCCUUUUUCACCCGCCCAAAACAAUGGGUUCAAUCGCCGAUCCCGGCGUGUUGACUCAGCCUCCUCCCCCCCAACCUCCUCCGAGUUUCGAUGACUUUCAACGCCAGACUUCCUUAAUGACCAGCUGCACUCUCCUCUGGAAGGAACUCUCCGAUCACUUCACCUCCCUCGAGCAAAACCUCGAGAAGAAGUCCGCCGCCUUGAAAGCUAAGCUCAAAACCCUCGACUCCCAGACCAACACUUCGCUCGACGAGCUCAACCGCCGGGAGUCCACUCUCUCCACUGUCCUCUCUAUGGCGCUGGAAAAAGUUGAGAAGUCCAAGGCCGGUGCUAUCUUAUCUCUCGCGCAGCAGAAUGGGGUGAGUAAUGGAGCGGAAAGCGGUGAGGGUGAAGUGGAUGAUUCUCUGGGAGUGUUUCUGAAGUUGAAGACUUUCUGUAUAAGGAUGGAUUUUAAGAAUUUCUGGGGGUUUGUUGUUGUGAGGAAGAAGGAAUUGGAGUCGUUGAGGCAGGAAAUUCCCAAGGCUUUAGGGGAAUGUGUUGAUCCUCCGAAAUUCGUGCUUGAGGCGAUUUCGGAGGUUUUUCCGGUGGACACCAGGAAGGGGAACGAUAAUAGUGCUAAUAACAGUAAUAAUAAUGGGAAUUAUGAUUUGGGAUGGGCUUGUGUUUUGUUGCUGGAGUCCUUGGUUCCAGUCUUGGUGGAUCCGAUGCUGGGAAAGAAGAGGAUGCUUGUGACCCCCAGUAUUAAGGAGAAAGCUAAGGAAAUUGCGGAGAUAUGGAAGAAGAGCUUGGAGGACAGAGGUGGGGUUGAGAAUGUGAAGACUCCUGAUGUGCAUACCUUUCUGCAGCAUCUGGUUACUUUUGGAAUUGUCAAGGAAGAGGAUUUGGGGUUGUAUAGGAAGCUUGUUGUGGCUUCUGCUUGGAGGAAACAGAUGCCUAAGCUUGCUGUUUCUCUUGGCCUUGCUGAUAAAAUGCCUGAUAUAAUUGAAGAACUGAUCAGCCGAGGACAGCAGGUUGAUGCUGUACAUUUCAUCUUUGAAGUUGACCUCGUCGACGAGUUUCCACCUGUCCCCCUUUUAAAAGCUUUUCUAAAGGAUGCAAAAAAGCUUGCUACUUCUAUUCUGGAAGAUCCAAACAACACUGGUCGAGCUGCGCAUAUGGCUGCGAAGAAAGAGCAAUCAGCAAUUCGAGCUGUCAUCAAGUGCAUUGAAGAGUACAAACUUGAGGCUGAAUUCCCACCUGAAAACCUUAAGAAGCGCCUUGAACAAUUGGAGAAAACUAAGACCGAGAAAAGGAAGCCAGUUGUUGUCCCUGCCAAUAAACGAACGCGUGCCAGCAAUGGAGAACACGUGCCUCCAGCCAAGGCAGGCCGGUUGACAAAUGCUUAUGUCUCGUCUUUUCCUGCAGCCCCGACAUUUGUUAGGUCUCCCUCACACUCACCAUACCAUGCUGGUGUGCCAGCUUAUCCCUCCCCUCCUGCCAUUUAUGGACACGGAAGCAGGAGCCCCUCCCCUUACAUUUACUCGCCUGAAGCAUAUCCUGGAGCUCCAGUAACGUAUCCUGCAUAUGGAGGCUAUGGCAGUCCGAUGGCACCAGCUUACCAGCAGCCUUACUACUGAUAGACAUGACUGGCCCUCUGAUAUGGUGACAACUGAUAUCAUGACCCAAUGCAAAUGUCUUGUAAGAUGGUUUGUAAUCACUAACCUUAAUGGUAGCGUUAUCUGUGUGUUAAUCCUUAAUUCUGAUCUUUCGUUCUGCAACUUGCUUCGUCAAGUGCAGCUUGUAUGUCUGAUGUUAAUGAAACUUGGUAGUACUAGGUGGUUGUGAAAAGUAAUUAAAACAGAUGCUUAACAAAAA